UCAAGCUUCAUAUGUCAGCAGGAAACUGAUUCAGAGAACACCGCCAUGGCCCACGAGGAUAUUUUUUUCACCAAAGUUCCAAAGCAGAACUCUAGCGCGGGGACAUCUCUGGAUUUCGAGCCCAAACUGGAGUAUGUAUUUGUUGAAAAGUUACAAGACCGAUACAAGUGUGCCAGUUGCUGUCUUGUUCUUCAUAACCCCCACCAAACCGGAUGUGGUCACAGAUUUUGUGAAAAAUGCGUAAUGAGUUUGAGCGAGCGGCAUGAAACUUCUAUUUGCCCAAUUGAUAAGGAAACCAUUAAUCCACAGGAGAUUUUUAAAGAUAAUUGCUGCAAAAGGGAAGUCCUGAAUUUACAAGUUUAUUGCAAGAACACCCCUGAUUGUGAUGCAAAAUCAACACUGGGAAGAUUCCAGGAUCACCUUGACCAGUGCUUAUAUCAACCCAUCCAGUGCUCCAACAAAGGAUGCCAUGAUCAAAUCCCCCGAAAACACUUGAAGACCCACCUGGAGACGCAGUGUAAAUUAAGAAAGGAACUGUGUGGGUACUGCAAGCAGAGCACCGCCGUUGUGAACCUGCCGAUUCAUGUCAAACAAUUUUGUCCUCUGUAUCCGGUUCCGUGUCCUAAUAACUGCAGUCAAACGAGCCCAAGAGAAGAGCUGGAUGGCCACCUCUCUGUAUGCCCGGAAGUUGAAUUAGAAUGCCCUUUUGCAAAUUAUGGCUGUAAUGCGAAGGUAAAACGUGGAGAAAUGAAGAGUCACGAAGACGCAUUUCUCCAUCAACACGUACUCUGUGUCUUAAACAGGAACACGCAGCUCGAGAAACAGGUACUUGAUCUAAAGCACAAUUUGGAACUAAAAGAAAACAAAAUCCAGAAAUUAUCAGAAACCAUAAAAUGGUGUGAAAUGGAAUGUAAGCAGUUUGCACAGCUGAAUGGUGUAAAUGGGAGCCAUUUGUCCAGCACACAGACCGUUGCUGGUUAUAUUGAGAAAGCCGCGUGGAUGGAGAACCAGGUUCUUCGUUUGGUAGAACUCGUUAGCCAGGAGCAGGGCUGGCUGGACCUGAGACCACUGAUGGAGAAGAUUGACUGUGCCAACCAGAAGAUAGUCACCAUUGAACGCUACAAGGACCGCUUAGAACACCUUGAGAAUCAGUCCAGCAAACACGACUUGCAGAUCAACAUCCAAAAGUCUCAACUUAGCAGCAACGAGGAUCGCUUCCAGCUUUUGGAAGGUACUUGUUAUAACGGCAAACUCAUCUGGAAAAUCACGGACUACAAAAGGAAGAAGAGAGAAGCUUCCGAGGGCCGAGUGGUUUCUAUUCACAGCCAACAUUUUUACACCAGCCGCUGCGGCUACCGCCUGUGCGCUAGGGCUUAUCUAAAUGGGGACGGGUCGGGGAAAGGUGGCUAUUUAUCCUUGUACUUUGUCGUGAUGAAGGGAGAGUUUGAUUCCCUCUUGCCCUGGCCCUUCAAGCAGAAGGUGACGCUCAUGUUGCUUGAUCAGAGCGGAAAGAGGAAUCAUAUCAUAGACGUCUUCAAAGCAGAUCCAAACAGCAGCAGCUUCAAAAGGCCCGAAGGGGACAUGAACAUCGCUUCAGGGUGUCCACGAUUCGUGCCUCACAUCCAACUGGAGAACCCCAAAAACGCAUGCUACAUUAAAGAGGAUACAAUUUUUAUUAAAGUAUCUGUGGAUUUAACUGAUCUGGAGGAACUUUGAAAGACAAACACUCAAUUUCUACAGAAAAUAGUACUUUUCCAAAAAAAAAAAAAAAACACUUUAAAGCCAAGUGAGCUA